UGCAACAUAUAUUAUUAUCAAUCUUGAUUCUCUUUGUUUCUUAGCUUUCUUGCAUUGCAUGUGCUUCUUUUUCAUCAGAAUCUGUUAUUCACCAUUUUCAUAUUUUUAUGCAGGAUGAUGAUUCUUUCUUUAACUAUCUCAGCAGUCUUUCUCCUUUAAAGACAUUGAACUCACUUCCCAUGGAUUAUCCUCUUUUCACAUCACCUGAUGUCACUUUUUUUGAGGAUUCCACAUUCUUCGAUUCUAGGGAUAGCCUUUUGGACACAUCAAACCCUCAAGUUUCGUGCGAGAAUGUAAAUAAAAUAUAUUCACAUGAAAAUGUUCCUACUUAUUCUACUCAUUUAUCUCAUGAUUCAACUGAGUCAUCUAGUCAACAAGCUGUGCAAUAUGGUUCUUGUAGCCCAGAAGAUCAUCCACUAAUCUCAAGGGAUGAUGUUAACUAUCUUCUUGGAUUACUUGGCAUGCUAGAACCAAAUGGUACCAAUGUACAAGACCACUCUGUCAAAGAUUCAAUUGAGGCAAACACUCAAGUGCCACAAUCUAACACUAAUUAUGAAAUGCAUACUGUUGAUCCACUUGCUUCUACUUCAAUACAUGGGCCUGAAAAUAAUCCUUAUCAACCAAUACCUGCCACUUACAGAAAUCAAACAUGGAACAAUCUUGCCAAUUUCGCUUUAAUGGAUAGCAAACCAAUUCAGACAGGGAAUGACGAGCUUGUGCGUAUUAGACACAGUAUACAGAUGGGUUUUCUGGAUUAUGACAAGACCAGUUAUACUUCAAACAUCACUUCCUGUUCUUCAAAAUCUGGUGAGAAGAAUGCUAGUAAUGAAAAUGGUUUUGGAAUUCCAGCCUCAGAUCAUUACAGAUGGAAUCCUGAACUUCCGAGCUGCAAUUCUUCCUUGCAUCUUUCUGAAAGCCACCUAUCGCAGCUCUCCGCGUCAAUGGAAAAUCAUUUGGGGCCAUCUGAUAAUGAAGUUCAGUCUACAAAAGAUUUCACAAAGUUUUUAGUUCACAUUAAGGGUGAAGAUUUCUGCGGUAGUACCCUCAAAAUGGAGAGUAAACAGUUGGAUCCUCCAAACAAGAAAAGGAAGAGGAAAGGUCAGAUUGAUCUAGGUGCUUCUUGUUCAAAACAUGAAAAGGAAGAGGAAAGUGCUGAUUUCUGUCAGAGUACCCUCAGAAAGAAGAGGAAAAUCCACAAAUCAGGUCACUGUCAGUGUAAAAAAGCAAGCUGCCUGAGGAAAUAUUGUGAAUGUUUUAAGGGUGGUGUUGGUUGCUCCCCAAGUUGUAAGUGUCAAGGUUGCGAGAAUAUAUAUGGAAGAAAGGAUAGGGAGGCGGAAACAAAAUCGGAGCUUGAAGAAACAGAAGCGUUACAGAUUUCUAGAUCAUUGGUUCUAUUACCUUAUUUAUCAUUGGAGAAUCCACAAAGAUCUUUCGCUGAAUUGUUUGGCAGCAAAAACCAAGAGCUUAUGGAAUCAAAUGCUGUUGGGUCAGUCUAUUCAUAUGAAAAUAUACAAGCAUUUCAUUCUCACAACAGUUUCCACAAUGUAACUUGAAAGACAUAGCCGCUGAAAUCCACAAAGGAAGAUAUAUAAAUGCACUUGAUUAGAGCUAAAUAUUUUGUGGCAAAUUGGAUUAGUGGUAACUUGCAAAGGCAUUGAGUUAAACUCAUGCAUUCAAUCUUUCAAGCAUUGCAAAGUUAACAACAUGAGUUAAAUUUCCCGCAGGAAUUCAGGUUUAACUAUUGAGAAUAUGACAGUAUCAAUGUAUUUUAGAUUUACAAAUUUAAUGAUGAUAGACAAAAGUCAAAUAGUUUCUCCUUUCCAUGCUAGUUUGGUCACUGAGAGAUUGUGAGAAGAGCUGAUUUGUACAACUGUGUGUUUGAUGAAAUUAUCUGUAACAAGAAAGAAUUUU